AACAGAACCGCCGUUGCUGUAGUAAAGCGAUGUAGGGUUCUCUUCGUAUCCACGCUCUGCCUAGUCCCUCGUCAUCCAUCGCGAGACAUCGUGAUAGCCGUCUGCUCCAACAUGUCGUUCCGCGCUGGGCGUCCUGUUUCGCCAUUAGAUCCGGGCUACUUGCAGAGCGGUGAAGACCGUCGCGAGAGCCUCAUCAGCCGGCUGUCCUCCGAAAACGUACCCGUAGGGCCGCCCAUCGGGGUGGCGACCUCGGGUCCGCAGAGUACAUGGUGGUACGCCCAAGGCGUGCAGAACUCGCAAGGUCGGUUGCAAAACGUGCCUCGUCGCAUAACAUGUCACAUCCAAACCAGAGCAAGCAUUGAUAAUGGACGAGUUCACUUAUUAGAGGUACAGAAGCUGAGCCGAGUCUUCAAGACGGUCGGCCUGGGACGCCCGAUGUAGAGGAUGUAGCGUCUACUAGUAAUAGCGAUAGCUACCAACCAGUAGAGAGGCGGGAGCAGCCCUCGAUCCUCCGAUGGUGGUACCUGGAGAUAGUGUGUGCUCUCGUGGCCAUAGGUAGUCUCGCUGCCAUGGCCGGCGUGCUGGGAAGAUUCGACGGGCAGCCGACCAGCACCUGGCCUAACACCGUGCUUACCCUCAACGGUCUGAUAGCCAUCCUAGCCACCCUCUGCCGCGCGAGCUUCAUGCUACCUGUAGCCGCAGCGCUGAGCCAGGCGAAGUGGAACCGGUUCACCGACCCCAGAGACCAGAAGUACCACCGACUUGACGAUUUCCAGUUGUUCGACGAUGCCUCCAGGGGUCCUUGGGGCAGCGUUCACCUGCUUUGGAGGUUCAGGCUCGUUCAUAUAGGCUGCCUCGGGGCUUUGCUUACCAUCCUCUCUCUAGCUUUCGGCGCAUUCUCUCAGCAGUUGGUCGAUAUUCGGAUCGAAGCCGUUCCCACCACUUCGCAAGGCCAGAUUGGGGACGUCGCCAGAAGUAGAUGGGUUGACGCAGUCGUCGGCAUCAGCAAUUCCUGGACGCCUGUUUCGGCGACUAAAUUGGCUAUAUAUGAUGGCUUUUUGGCACGAAGCAUCGGCAUUCCGCAAGUCACCUGCCCAACAGGAAACUGUACUUGGCCGGUGAUUCCUACGGUUGGCGUCUGUGGCUCCUGUGUGGAUCUCACAGAGGAUAUAUCCUACGACCGGUUAACGUCGAGUCUGUGUCGUCUGACACUGCUGGACGGCCCUCGACUACAAGCCUAUUGUGAUAGUGAAGACUUCAUGCCCGUUUUCACCCUAGGCCCCGGGACCGGCCGCGUCUUCGAUACCUCAGACCCCCGUAUCCCGAGUCGCGACGCGCCGAAUACCAUCGGCGAGUUCAGCGCGCUUGGGCUCCCUGGCAGCAAGACGCCGGGAAAUAUCAUGACGGAAUCCCGAGCUGCCGACUGUGGCCUGUGGUAUUGUCUACAGGCGCGUAACGUCAGCGUCCAACUCGGCGAGCUCAGCGAUGUUAUCGUGGACACGUGGAGCAAGGCAAUCACCAUCGAGUCCGCCCCUUUUACCGGGAAUGUGACAUUUACCGACAUUCCUCCCAACUUCAACACCGAGCCCGAGGCAGUCUAUGGCAUGGCCGCAAUGCAGAUGUUUGGGAUGAGGCAGUAUCUGAACAAAACCGUAAUCGGUAACGUUAGCGCCGACGCCCUUCUCGGCGUAGUUGCAUCGACCACUGAUUACGCCGAGGGUAUUCACGCCAAUUUAGAUGAAAUGGACGAUUGGAUAGCGAGGCUCACUAGGAGCAUGACAAACAACGUACGGGAAAACAAUGUAGUGCCUUCAGACCAGGACCUUCACCGCGGUACGAUAUUCGGGAAUGAAACUGUGUUUACAAUCCGGUGGGGGUGGAUCGCGUAUCCGGCCGUGCUUGUGUUCUUAUCAACGUUGUACCUGAUCGUGGAGGUGGUGCGGACAGCUUACGGCGGGGCAGCCCCGUGGAAAUCGGAUGCCCUGCUGCCCAUUUGCAUCGGGAUCGACGAGGAGGCGAAGCAACGAGCCAUCGUUGGAGUCUACGAACCUGAUGGAACUAAGGAAGAGAUAGGGAAGUCUCGUGUCCGCCUGUUGAAUCUCGACAGCGGGCUGAUGAGCUUCGAGGUACAAAAGAAAGUCGACGCCUAAGACAGAUUAUAAUACAUACGAAAUGAGCGAAGGCGGGGCAUUUAUUCAGAGCCACGCGAAUUUCACCAAGCAUCUCGAAGCCGUGCCGCACGGUCACAUUUACGCCGUCCAUUAACAAUUUAGAACCGGCAUGUUUCUCUAGGGCGUGGAGAUGGUAAAAGAAAACACUGAAGGAUGGCGGGAAAGGUUAGGACGGGCAAAAGCUCUCCGAGAUAAGCAGGUUACACAGCCGCACUCGAGUGCCGUGGCGAAGUCCCCGGCGAGUCGUCCUUCGUCGGCGAGCACCGCCCCACAUUUCGCCGGCACGCCGGAGACUUACAAGACGCUUAAGUAAUCAGCGCCGGGAACUUUCCGGGCACUCGCACGGAAUAGGCCCGGUCGCGGAAUGGUAUCGGACCAGCGAAAGGCUUUGUCAAAAUAAGAUGCCGGGGAAAGAGUUGGGACGACGGGGCCUCGCAGUGUCGAGCGAGACCCCGAGGAGCGGAACUAUUCAGACAUAAUAAUUACCAUAGCCGCCGGAAAGGGGGGCAAGGCGAGCAUAAACUUGUGGAAGCCUGAGAAGCAGGCAGGCGAAAUAGAGGCAGGUAUUGUUACGUGCUAGCCAAGUAGGUGUCCCGUCAACACACACAUACAACCUUUGUCUCCUCUAAGCUGUGGUACUCAGCUAUGCAGAUGGCAUGCCGCGAACGAAACAGGUAGAUGUAGAGGAGAGGCCCACCGGGCGACUUGGGAACCCACAUCGAGGGGUCG